UACCUACCGCCCCUCACAAAGGCCUUGGAUUUGGCGCAUUUCGCGCACUGCACCCUUCAAAAUCCAGAUCCGCAGCCGCGCGACCGGGGUGGAGUGCCUGGGGCCUGGGCAAGGCUGAUACCGCACAGCCACAACGGCAAAUUCCGUCCGCAACUCCGCCACGCGUCAUCCAUCCGCAUCCACACUCCACAUCUCCACAUCUCCACAUCUCCACGAAACCCACCACGACGCAUUUCUCUCUCUCCACGCCGGAUUACUCCACCCCCCCCCCCACACACACACGCAUAACAAUGAUACCACCACUCCCCCCCCUCCCCCUCCUCCUGCAGUCCCUCUACACCCUCGCCGCAGCGUCCAUACUCCUGGCGAACUCGAUCCCCGCGCUCCAGCGGCGGUUCGUAGGGUACGGCAAGACCGCUCCUCCCGCCGCUCCCUCCAUCACUACCAAGGGGACCGCAACAGGGCUGCUAGACAAACUCGCGGCGAUAACCGUCCCGCACACGUGGUUCACGCACUUCUACGUUUCCGCCGUGGUGUUCAGCGUAUUCUGGAUGAUGCAGAUCCUUGCGCGCGGGGGGUGGUACCAGGUUGUGGCUGGUAUGGCGGGCGCGGGUGCGGGUGCGGGCGCGGGAAUGGAGGGGACGGGGAAGGCGGGGAUGGGGAAGGGGAAAGAGACGGGGAUGAAAAUCGAGCAGGUAGUGCUUGCGUGGGCGUGUUUCGUCGCGCAGGUGGGCCGGCGAUUGUACGAGUGCCUGUACGUGCAGAAGAGCGGGGGUGCCAGUCGCAUGUGGGUCGCGCACUAUCUCGUCGGGCUGCUGUUCUAUGCGGCCAUGGCGGUGGGGGUGUGGGUCGAGGGGACGGCGGCGAUCGAUGCGUUUAAGUUUUCGCCCACGGCGCUGAAGGGUCUGGUCAAUGCGCCGUCGCUCAAGUCGUUUGUGGGGCUGAUACUCCUGUUUGUCGCCAGCGGCGCGCAGCACGACUGCCAUACUUACCUGGCGAGUCUCAAGAAGUACUCCCUCCCGACACAUACGUUUUUCCGGGCCGUGGUGUGUCCGCACUAUACCGCCGAGGUGGUGAUUUACCUUGCCAUCUCUGUUAUUGCGGCGCCGCGCGGCGCCGUGGUAAAUACUACGGUGUUUGCGGGCGCGGUGUUUGUGGCCGCCAUACUAAGCGUCUCGGCGGGGAGGAACCGCGAGUGGUACAGGCAGAAGUUUGGGGAGGAGGCUGUGCGAGGGAAGUGGUGUAUCAUUCCAGGGGUCUAUUGAAGCAUAGGUAGGUUUGAUAGAAUAGAUACCUAUGGUGCGGGGGAACGAUGAAGUCGUGCGUGUUCUGUUCUGUUCUGUUCCAUCACUUCCGUCCAAACAACCUCCCCACGUCCGCAACCUUCAGCACGUCGCGGUACGUCAAACUCGUCCUAGUCUGCCGCUCAUACCUGCCCUCCGUGA